CACAGUACACAGUAAAGCGCGCCCAAUCGCCAGAAUUUGAAACGGCAGCGCGGAAACUCAGCAAUCUCGCCGUUGCUGUUCCGCUGCCGUGAGUGCAACCUCUCCGUGGAACCUGGCAGUGAUGUCACGGCAGCGCGCCAACUAAGUUUUCUCGCUCCUCUUUCCCAUUCUCCAGCGUCGAAGGCACCCGUCGAUUCCGUUGAGUUGCCCGACGCGCGGAUCCCGAAUGAUGGAUGCAAGCCUCACUUCCGCCCGCCAGCCAGACCUGGCGCUGGUGUCCGAGGACGAUUUCCCCUACGAGCAGGACAUCCAACGGAAUCCAGGAAGCACCAAGCCAUGGCUGGCCUACAUCGAGUAUAAGCUUCAACAUGGAACGCUCCGGGAGCAAGCGUUUGUCAUGGAGAGGGCAUGCAUUCAGCUGCCGCGGUCGUACAAGCUGUGGAAAAUGUAUCUCCGCUUUAGGACGAAGCAUGUCGCUAAGCUCAACGCCGCUAUCUUCGCCGCCGAGUAUCAGAAAGUCAACGCACUGUUCGAGCGAGCGCUGAUCCUCCUCAACAAGAUGCCCAGGAUAUGGGAGAUGUACCUCAAGUUCCUGAUGCAGCAGCCGCUCGUGACACACACGCGGCACGCUUUCGACCGAGCGCUCCGGGCGCUUCCAAUCACGCAGCACAAUAGGAUAUGGGCGCUGUACCUGCCGUUCGCGAACUCCGCGGAAGGCAUGACAGCGGUCAAGAUCUGGCGGCGGUACAUGCAAGUUCACCCGGAGGACGCCGAGGACUUCAUCGAGCUGUUGGUCCAGACGGACCUGUACACCGAGGCGGCGAAGAAGUACAUUGAGAUCCUUGACAAUCCCCGCUUCCAGAGCAAGAAUGCCAAGGGUCACUAUGAGUUGUGGAGCGAGAUGGUGGAUUUGCUCGUCGAGCAUGCAGUCGACAUCGAGGCAGGCCACGAGACGGGCAUCGACGUGGAGGGUAUCAUCCGAAGUGGAAUCGAACGAUUCAGUGACCAAAGAGGCAAGCUGUGGUGCGGCUUGGCGACCUACUGGAUCCGGCGGGGCAACUUCGAGCGGGCGAGGGAUGUGUUCGAGGAGGGCAUCACCACAGUCAUGACGGUUCGGGAUUUCACGUUGGUGUUCGACUCAUACGCUGAGUUUGAGGAGUCCAUCAUUGGCGCGCUGAUGGAGGUUGCUUCCACACGAGCCGAGAAGGGCGUGGUGGACGAUGCAGCUGACUUCGACCUGGACAUCCGCAUGAUGCGCUUUGAGCACCUUAUGGACCGUCGGCCUUUCCUUCUCAACGACGUUCUGCUCCGGCAGAAUCCGAACAAUGUGACGGAAUGGGAGAAGCGGGUAGCCUUGUGGGGCGACAACAAGGAGGAAGUAGUGCAGACGUACACUGAUGCCAUUGCCGCCAUACAGCCUAAGAAGGCCGUCGGCGCAUUCCACCAACUAUGGUCCAACUACGCAAAGUUCUACGAGAAAGGUGGAGACUUGCGGAAUGCCAGAAUCAUCAUGGAGAAGGCGGUCAAGGUUCCGUUCAAGUCGGUGGCCGAACUUGCUGAUAUGUGGAUCGAAUGGGCCGAGAUGGAACUCCGGAACGAGAACUUUGACGAGGCUGUCAGGAUUAUGGCCAAGGCGGUGCAAGCGCCCAAGAGGUCGACGGUAGACUACUUCGACGAGACCUUAUCACCACAACAAAGGGUGCAUAAGAGCUGGAAGCUGUGGAGCUUCUACGUCGACCUCGUGGAGAGUGUGAGCUCCCUCGAGGAGACCAAGAAGGUCUACGAGAGGAUAUUCGAGCUCCGAAUCGCGACACCCCAAACCGUGGUGAACUACGCCAACCUUCUCGAGGAACACAAGUACUUCGAGGAAUCGUUCAAAAUCUACGAGCGCGGGCUCGACCUCUUCAGCUACCCGGUUGCGUUUGAGCUCUGGAAUCUCUAUCUAACCAAGGCAGUCGACCGCAAGAUCAGCAUUGAGCGGUUGAGGGACCUGUUUGAACAGGCAAUCCUCGACUGCCCGCCAAAGUUCGCCAAGGUUAUCUACCUCAUGUACGGCAAUCUCGAAGAGGAACGCGGCCUGGCACGCCAUGCCAUGCGCAUCUAUGAGCGCGCCACACGCGCCGUAUCGGAUGAAGACCGGGCAGACAUGUUCAACUUCUACAUAACGAAAUCCGCCUCCAACUUCGGCCUGCCAUCGACGCGGCCAAUCUACGAGCGGGCCAUCGCAACGUUGCCAGACAACGAGGCCCGCGACAUGUGCCUCAAGUUUGCCGACAUGGAGAAGAGGCUCGGCGAGAUCGACCGAGCAAGAGCGAUUUAUGGACACGCGUCGCAGUUUUGCGACCCGCGGACGAACCCCGAGUUCUGGGCCAAAUGGGAAAGCUUCGAGGUGCAGCACGGGAACGAGGACACGUUCAAAGAGAUGCUGCGGAUCAAGCGCAGCGUGCAGGCACAGUACAAUACAGACGUCAAUUUUAUCGCCUCACAAGCGAUCGCCAGAAGCAAGCAGCAAAGGUUACAAAACGGCGGCGGGGAGGUGGACCAGGAAGUUGUCGACGCAAUGGAGCAGCUGGAGAGACAGGCUCGCGCGCCAGCAGGGUUUGUGGCUGCCUCGGACGGGAUCAAGGGGAGCGUGCCCAGCCAGCCGGUCGAAGUAUCCAACCCCGAUGCCAUCGACCUCGACGACAUGGACGAAUGACAUGAUUUUUGGUAUCAUAACGGCUUUCGGAUGUAUUCGUACCUUUGUGGGCGGAUCCAAGACGGAACUUUCACGGGCGCGAAAGACGCCGGGAAGGAUAAGGUUGUGUGGUAUAUCGCAACAGUCCCGAGUUGUUAUCAGCUUUGAGCAGGCGCGGAAACAAGCCAAUGAAUAUUACUACUUCUCCCUUUCUUCCCACAUUUAGGUA